AUGCUGAGAGGGUAUAUCCUUCCCCCAGAUGGUUCGUCACCCCCGCCGGCUCUUGACAAGAUCUGGCCGACGGUUAUGCGAACACCGUCUACAGCUGCGUAUUUGAUCUUUUGUGAUGGGGUCGAUGUAGUGGUCCUAGAAAAGGACCACAGGACAGCUCAUGUGGAGCGACAAUCCUCUUUCAUCGUCGCAACAAACAGUGACCAUGCCGCUCCCUCGGUGAGGGAAAACGGACACCAAGGAGAUCAUGCCGGUGCAGCCUUAGGCACAGGGGUAGCUGUCUCAGUCGUGGACCUCAUAGAAGAUAGCGAAGAACGGAGGAAAUUCAUGCAAGCGCACUGGGACAAGAAAGUCAGGCAGGCGAGGAAGGCUACUUCGAUCCCAGAAUGCACGUCCUCAACUGGCCGCCAAGAUCCUUUGCGACGCACUCGUGCGUCUCAGAGGUGGGGAGGCGGAUCGUCUCAUGAAUUCUUACCAAAUGGGUCCUCUUUGCCUACUCCUAGCUCGGGUAAGCUGGUGGACUUCCAAGUCACAGCCACACUGAAGGAAGUUAUUAAAUGGACGACGACAUACCCGACGACUAAUGAGAUGACCCAUUUUGCAGCGGUGAUGGAUCCCACGGAGGGAAAGGUAGUGUGGAUUAGGCGGUACUUGGAACCAUUAGUAUUCUACACACGCUAUUAG